AUGAAAUUCUCCAAAAUUGCCUGUGCUACUGUUUUUGCUUUAUCUUCUCAAGCUGCCAUCAUCCACCAUGCUCCAGAAUUCAACAUGAAGAGAGAUGUUGCUCCAGCUGCCCCAGCUGCUCCAGCUGACCAAGCACCUACUGUUCCUGCACCUCAAGAAUUCAAUACUGCUAUUACCAAAAGAAGUAUUAUUGGAAUUAUUAUGGGUAUUCUUGGCAACAUUCCACAAGUAAUCCAAAUCAUCAUGAGUAUUGUCAAAGCUUUCAAAGGUAACAAGAGAGAAGAUAUUGAUUCUGUUGUUGCUGGUAUCAUUGCUGAUAUGCCAUUUGUUGUCAGAGCUGUUGACACAGCCAUGACUUCUGUUGCUUCUACCAAGAGAGAUGGAGCUAAUGAUGACGUUGCUAAUGCCGUCGUCAGAUUGCCAGAAAUUGUUGCUCGUGUUGCCACUGGUGUUCAACAAUCCAUCGAAAAUGCCAAGAGAGAUGGCGUUCCAGAUGUUGGCCUUAAUCUUGUUGCUAAUGCUCCAAGACUUAUCUCUAACGUUUUUGAUGGCGUCCUGGAAACUGUUCAACAAGCUAAGAGAGAUGGUCUUGAAGAUUUUCUUGAUGAACUUCUUCAAAGACUCCCACAACUCAUUACUAGAUCAGCUGAAUCUGCUUUGAAAGACAGUCAACCAGUUAAAAGAGAUGCCGGCUCAGUAGCACUUAGCAAUUUAAUCAAAAAGAGCAUUGAAACUGUCGGUAUUGAAAAUGCUGCUCAAAUUGUUUCAGAAAGAGAUAUUUCUUCUUUGAUUGAAGAAUAUUUCGGAAAAGCUUAA